AUGCUAGCGUCAACAAUCCUGUGCCGUUAUGCUGCGGUUGGCUCUAAGGUCGUGCAAACGAAGGCAGACAAAAGCGCAAUAGAAGAAGAUGCUGAGAAGCUGGCUAAUUAUGUUUGCAUCAACUAUUUUAUCCAAGAUGAUUCCACUGGAAGUGUUACUUAUUGCUUAACAUACCAAGAUAUCGUACUUGAUAAUUUGUAUCGACAUGGAGCAGUAAGUUCACAAUUUUCAGGUGAUGAACCUGGGCCGAAAAUACUUCCAGACUCAGAAUACCCGUCCUGGCUUUUCGAGCUAGAUUUGCGACCUGCGUGCCCGCUCGAGGAUUUGGACCCUGAGAAGGAUGGCUGGCUCUACUGGAGAGCUCUUCGAAUAAGGCAAAUUGAACAAAAUCGCCGAAUACAGAAAUUAAAGACGAGGUUUCUUCAUUUGCAAAGCAGUCCGAGUAUGAAGAAAUUUAGACGGUUUUAA